UCGUUCUUCGGCCGCACCUACAACAAUAUAUCCGCCAUUGCUGGCUGCAAAAACAAUGGCGAUUGCGUCAUCAACAAGAAGAAUCGCACGGCGUGCAAAGCGUGUCGCCUGCGCAAGUGCCUAUUGGUAGGCAUGUCGAAGAGCGGCUCACGCUACGGACGACGUUCGAAUUGGUUUAAAAUACACUGUCUGCUGCAAGAGCAACAAAGUGUGCCAGGUAAUGGGCCAGGCGGCGGCGGCGGUGGUCCAGGUGGAGGUGGCAGCAUAAAUGAAGCUAAUGCCAAUAGAGCUAGCUUCGAGCAGUUGGCGCGUUUACAUCAGCUGCAAGCGCGUCAAACAUAUCAAGAUAAAACGAAUCCCUGCAUAAAAUCGGCCAGCAUGUCACCAACAGCUUUGGCACUAAGCGCUGCGGCCGCAGCUACCGUCGCUGCGAAUAGCAGAUUCUCACCACAACCGCCGCCAGCCCAAAAUAAUAUACUCAGCUCAGCGGCGAAAUUUCUUAAUGGUGUUGCGGAUAGCGGGCGACAUCACGCGCAUCAGCAGCAUCAAUUACAACAGCAGCAACAACAGGUGGCGCAACAACAACUGCAAUAUAGCGCGCAGCAGCACCAGCACCUGCAUCAUUUACCCGCAUUCGGCUAUGGCGGCAAGGCGGAGACGCGCCUCAGCGAAACACCUAGCGAUUCAGGCGCGUCGUCUGCCGGCGAUGCAGCGGACGAUGCGCGCAGCAGCGUUUCAGGUCGUCAGGAGCGCAACUGUAAUUCAGCGCAACAUCUUGCUACAUUGGCGUACGAAGAUUUAGAAGAGGCCGAGGCGCGUGAGCGACGCCACCAACAAUUGCUGCAAAUUUAUCGCUCACACUCGGAACCACUACGCAGUCCUUUCGUGCAUUUCGCGCUACCGCCGCACAUAUCACCGCUGGCUGCACCACCAGGCACACCACUUUCCGCCACCAAUAUUGCCGGCAGUCCACCUGCUCACCUCAUGCCCGCUGCUUUGAAGGAAGAAAUCAAACGCCUAAGCGAAGCGGCAACUGCUGCCGCGGCAGCAGCAGCGUCUGUGACAGUAGUGGAUUGUACGUCUGCCAGCGAUGCACAAGACGAACCCAUAGACUUGUCAUUGAAAGGACGCGAAAUCGAACGACGAUUGGCGGCAGCGCGGUCUAGCUAUGAACGUCAACUGGCGCAUGUGGAAGGAAACUCCCGCACGUCUACAACACCACCGCCUUCUGCCGCGUCACCUACUGCGUUGAGUAUGGCGGCGCAUGCAGCGCUGACGCAUGCUGUGAUACAUAAGCAAACUCCGCUGGACUUGACAUCGGUACGUUCACAGACGCUAACUGGUUAGAUCACUUGUACGAAGCACAAGUUGUUGCAAUCCGUUUAUUUUUCUUGUUUUUUCUUAAUGAAGUAUUUAGAAAAUAGUAAAAGCUCGUUAAAGCUAUAAACAUUCAAGCUUGUGUCUUAGCUGCACUAGUUACUGAGCUUUCUUCUCGACUAGGCAUACUUUCAGGCGGUAUACUAUUUGUUUUCAAUAUUUCGUUCGUUUUAGGCAGUAAAUGUUUGAACUUCUCAAACGGUUAUUGUGUUUUUGCGAAAUGUAAAUAACUUAUCUCAAGUCAUGCGGAAAAUAUUAAAAACUACUAUUUUUCAAAUUGUAAAUUACUUUUUAUUCAUUUAUCGAGCUUUGACAGCAGUUUGAUAUGUAUAUAUAAUUAAUUUAAAUAGCAUAUUUCGAAAUAAA